AUGAUCCUCGCCACCAUCAUCGCCAACUGCAUCGUGCUGGCGCUGGAGCAGCACCUCCCUGACGGGGACAAGACGCCCAUGUCCGAGCGGCUGUCGAGGAAAAGGGGACAGCGGGCAGCUGACACCUCUCUCCAGGGCCGGGCAGCCCGGGUGGUCCGCUCGGUCCCGGAUGAGACCACGUGGGCCCCUUCCUGGUCUGUUCUGUGCAAUGAGCCACCCCUGCACCUCCGCUUCCUGCCAGGAGCUCCCCAGACCGCUGCGGGACCCCCAUUGCAGCACAGAGCCAAGAGAGAUGACACAGAGCCCUACUUCAUCGGCAUCUUCUGCUUCGAAGCGGGGAUCAAGAUCAUCGCCCUGGGCUUCGUCUUCCACAAGGGCUCCUACCUGCGGAACGGCUGGAACGUCAUGGACUUCGUGGUGGUCCUCACCGGCUGGGUCCUGGUCAUUGCCAGCUGUGGAGACCCAGAAAGUCCACCCACGGGUAUGGUUCUCUCCGCCCUCCUGGACUGGAGGCAGAGCCGGGCCGCCCAAGCCCCAGGGCUCCUGGCUCUGCAAGGCGGGGGUUCUGGUGGAGCCCUGGAGCUGCCUGUGCUGCUGGAAGCUGACCCUGGCCCUCGGGCUCUGGUCCUGUGGCGGCUGGGGACACACCCGCUCCUGAGCCGCGUGGUCAGCCCCUGCGUGGACAGCGGGAUCCUGGCCACGGCUGGCACCGAUUUCGACCUGCGGACUCUGCGGGCUGUGCGGGUGCUAAGGCCCCUGAAGCUGGUGUCUGGGAUUCCAAGUUUGCAGGUGGUGCUCAAGUCCAUCAUGAAGGCCAUGGUUCCGCUGCUGCAGAUCGGGCUGCUCCUCUUCUUCGCCAUCCUCAUGUUCGCCAUCAUUGGCCUCGAGUUCUACAUGGGCAAAUUCCACAAGGCCUGUUUCCCCAAUAGCUCAGAUGCAGAUCCCGUGGGUGACUUCCCCUGCGGCAAAGAGGCCCCAGCCCGGCUGUGUGAAGGCGACACUGAAUGCCGGGAGUACUGGCCAGGACCCAACUUUGGCAUCACCAAUUUUGACAACAUCUUGUUCGCCAUCUUGACGGUGUUCCAGUGCAUCACCAUGGAGGGCUGGACCGACAUCCUCUACAACGGCCUUCUGGAUGGAGUCGAGGGACAGUGGAGCCUGCUGGACAUCUUGCCGUCCCCAGGCUGCCUGGUGAAGGCGACAAACGACGCAGCCGGCAACACCUGGAACUGGCUCUACUUCAUACCCCUCAUCAUCAUCGGCUCCUUCUUCAUGCUCAACCUGGUGCUGGGCGUGCUCUCGGGGCGUCCAGGCCCCGUGAAGGCCACUGAAGCCGCGGCCAGCACAGCCCACGUGGCUGCACCCCGGGUGCUGCGCGGUGAGCAGCCGCCUGACCGCCUGCGGGAGCUGGCACAGCCCCGUCCGUCUCCGUUCCUGGGCCCCAGAGAAGCAGAGCUGGCGGCUGUUCCUGGGGCCCCCCCACCCAGUGGGGACGGCAGCUCAGGGACGCUGAUGGCCACCGUAGAGUUCGCCAAGGAACGAGAGCGGGUGGAGAACCGCCGCGCUUUCCUGAAGCUCCGCCGGCAGCAGCAGAUCGAGCGGGAGCUCAACGGGUACCUGGAGUGGAUCUUCAAGGCUGAGGAAGUCAUGCUGGCAGAGGAGGACAAGAACGCGGAGGAGAAGUCCCCCUUGGAUGCUCAGGCAGCCCCCCCACCUUUGUCUGAAGCAGUGCUGAAGAGAGCGGCCACCAAGAAGAGCAGGAACGACCUGAUCCACGCGGAGGAGGGGGAGGACCGGUUCGCAGACCUCUGUGCCGUCGGAUCCCCUUUCGCCCGUGCCAGCCUCAAGAGCGGGAAGACAGAGAGCUCGUCGUACUUCCGGAGGAAGGAGAAGAUGUUCCGGUUCUUCAUCCGGCGCAUGGUGAAGGCUCAGAGCUUCUACUGGGUGGUGCUGUGCGUGGUGGCCCUGAACACCCUGUGCGUGGCCAUGGUGCACUACAACCAGCCACAGCGGCUCACCACGGCGCUGUACUUUGCAGAGUUUGUCUUCCUGGGUCUCUUCCUCACAGAGAUGUCCCUGAAGAUGUAUGGUCUGGGGCCCAGAAGCUACUUCCGGUCCUCCUUCAACUGCUUUGACUUUGGGGUCAUCGUGGGGAGCAUCUUCGAGGUGGUCUGGGCAGCCAUCAAGCCGGGAGCCUCCUUCGGGAUCAGCGUGCUGCGGGCGCUGCGCCUGCUGAGGAUCUUCAAAGUCACCAAGUACUGGAACUCUCUGAGGAACCUGGUGGUGUCUCUGCUCAACUCCAUGAAGUCCAUCAUCAGCCUCCUCUUCUUGCUCUUCCUGUUCAUCGUGGUCUUCGCUCUGCUGGGGAUGCAGCUGUUUGGGGGACAGUUCAACUUUAAAGACGAGACUCCAACGACCAACUUUGACACGUUCCCUGCCGCCAUCCUCACUGUCUUCCAGAUCCUGACGGGAGAGGACUGGAACGCAGUGAUGUAUCACGGCAUCGAAUCGCAAGGGGGCGUCAGCAAAGGCAUGUUCUCCUCCUUUUACUUCAUCGUCCUGACGCUGUUUGGAAACUGUAUCCUUCUCUGGAGCCAACCAGACACUCUGCUCAAUGUCUUCCUGGCCAUUGCCGUGGACAACCUUGCCAACGCCCAGGAGCUGACCAAGGAUGAAGAGGAGAUGGAAGAAGCAGCCAAUCAAAAGCUUGCUCUGCAAAAGGCCAAAGAAGUGGCCGAAGUCAGCCCUAUGUCUGCUGCGAACAUCUCCAUCGCUGCGAUCCUCCUUCUGGGGAGCGAGGAGGACCAUGCCCUGGGCGGGGCGCAGCUCUGGGUGGGCGGGCGGCGGGUGCAGGUGUGGCAGCUGCUGUUCGCCUGUGUUAUGCGGAGUCCUCCAAGGGCCGAGAGCCGCCUGCUGUCGGUUGCUCCCACUCCCGUUUCCCGUUCUGGUGGGACGGUGGGACGGGCAGCGCCUGCUCCUCCUUGCGCUUGUUUCUACGUCUCUGCGCUGCUGGGCUGCAGCGACAGCAACGCCCUGAAGUGCCCCUCGCUCUGCGCCUGCCGCCACAGCUGUGCCACGUGGGCUGUGGGAGGGGCGCGCUGCGGGGUGUUCUUAGCGGCGCCUUAG